GUGUUGUGAUAAAAACUAGUCGUUCGCUUGUCGGUUUUGCUGUUUUUAGUCGUCUUUGCAAAAUGUCUGCGAAAGGCUCCGGGACGACGUGCGCGGUUCGUGGUUGUCACUACAACCGGAAAAAACUAAACGUGUGGUUAAAUCAGGAGUGUUAUGAUCACAAACCGCUCACGAAGUCGGAUUGCUCCUGUCCGCAGUGGUAUUAUUUCUAUCGGCUUCCCACUGACGAGGAGGACCGGAGGAUUUGGCUGAGAAACCUCUACCUGAAAAGGCCACCUAAGGCCCUGUACGUCUGCUCAUUUCACUUUGUUGACAAGAAGCCGACAGAGAGAAAUCCCUAUCCGACACUGUGGCUCGGUCACCGCAUUCCUCCGGAGAAGAAGCGCCGUGUUAUAAAGAAAGAAACCACGGACAUUAGGAUUAAAGAUGAGCCUGAAGACAUAGCUAUUGAGACUUUCACACAGACUGAUGCUGAAACCCCAGAUGGAUCAAGUACAGAAAUACCACAAAACAGCGUGCUUUGAUAAAGUUCACCGUCAAUACAACAAUGAGUUUGUUUUCAAACUGUGUCAGUGUCUGUUUCAGUGUCUUUUAAGGAGCUGCUGCAUUUUCAGAUUCCUUAAGGAUGCUCACGAAACAAACAACAGUUUUGUGUAUGGAUUGAUACAAUGGUUGAAUGUGAAAGCAUCACGAUGACCAAGCCACUGGCAUUUCAGUACAGAGCACAUAAUCUGUUCAGAGAGAGCUCUUUAACCAUAUUCUGGAUUAAAGAAGUAUGUAAUGUGCAAAAAGGAGAAUACUAAAGACUAGCUAGACUCUCUGGCAUAUUUUUAUGUUGCCAGUAACUGGUUCAGUUCCCAGUUUGCUUUCAGAGUUAUUCAUGACAUUGAUUCUACAAUGUGCUGAAAACAUUCUUCAGAUAUUUUCAUCCAUAUUGAAAUGACUGAAUCAUACACUUACCGCAGAUUUGACGUGUGAAUCUCCUGUUCCUGGCACGUCCUAAAAGAGCUCUACUAGAUUGGAAUUUGAUGAACUUGAACGACUGAUGUGCUCUUUUCUGCUGUAGCUUAUCUGCUUCAAGGUUUGAUGUGCUGUGUCUUCAGCAAUAUUCUUCGGCAGAAAAAAGUGAUUAUUGCUGUUUGUGAAGAUCACCGCUGACACGCAGUUUCUGAAAUACUCAGAAUAGCCCAUCUGACAACAACCUCAACCUCUUUUUUACAUGUGAAGCUAUGAAGAUGCAUUUCCGAAUAAAGCUUCCAAUGAGUCAAAGAGAACAAAAUCAUCACUUGAUAAACUGGUGCCAAAUAUCAAAAAGAAAAAUGCAAUUUGCUGUGGGUCUUUCUUAUAUAAUAAUUUAUUUGCACUUCAGAAGAAUCUCAGUGAAUGCACUGUGGCUUUUUGAGGCAUGAGAUUGUUUUUGGGAGCGCAGCUACUCAAGACACUUCAGGAUGUAAUAAUACUGAAACACAUUGAUGAUAGACUUUGGCUGAGGGAUUUUAGAAUGACAAAAAACAUAAUUUCAUUUAUUGUGCAAUUUGGUUGGCUGGUUUGUCCUUUAAUGCCGUCCCAUCACACCUGUUUUUGUUAUUACAUGUUCUGAAAAUAUAUGCGCAUGUUGGUGUUUUUAUACAAUAUUACAAAAUGUGCAUAAAAAUAGGUGAAUGGAAAGAUAACUACAUGAAUCAUUUGGUACUCUCUGUUUUAACUUCAGCAGAUUGUCUUGACCAUGUCUAAAUGCUGCCAUUUGAUUGGUUGAUUAUUUAUUUGCGUUACUAACAUGUGUACCCAGUAAAGAAUCCAACAAGUGAAUAAUGCCAGUAAUUGACUUUUAUUGUAAAGAAAAUGAGAUGCAUUUAGUGAAUGACGUCAAAUGCCUGCUUUUUUCAAGAAGGGUAUAAACGGAGCCAGAGCCAGCUCUUAGUAGGUGGGACUUGAGCUUCAAGUAAGCUGUACAAUCUUUCUGGGGUUUUCAUUGAUUUUUUUUUAUGUUGUGUACAUCACAUGGAGUCCAGCCUAUUGUGUUUUAUUGAUGUCUACACCUACCACAACCCUAAACCCAACCUCACAGUAACCUGAUGUGUUUUAUUAACGUCUACACCUACCCCAACCCUAAACCCAACCUCACAGUAACCUGAUGUGUUUUAUUAACAUCUACACCUACCCCAACCCAAAACCCAACCUCACAGUAACCUGUUGUGUUUUAUUAACAUAUACACCUAUACCACAACCCUAAACCCAACCUCAAAGUAACCUGAUGUUUUUUAUUCACGUCUACACCUAUACCCCAACCCUAAACCCAACCUCACAGUAACAUCUACACCUACCCCAACCUCACAGUAACCUGUUGUGUUUUAUUAACAUCCACACCUAUACCACAACCCUAAACCCAACCUCACAGUAACAUCUACACCUACCCCAACCCUAAACACAACCUCACAGUAACCUGUUGUGUUUUAUUAACAUCUACACCUAUACCACAACCUUAAACUAAACAUAACAGUAACCUGUUGUUUUAUUAACAUAUACACCAAUACCACAACCCUAAACCCAACCUCAAAGUAACCUGAUGUUUUUUAUUCACGUCUACACCUAUACCACAACCCUAAACCCAACCUCACAGUAACAUCUACACCUACCCCAACCUCGCAGUAACCUGUUGUGUUUUACUUCUACACCUAUACCACAACCCUAAACCUAACCUCACAGUAACAUCUACACCUACCCCAACCCUAAACCCAACCUCACAGUAACCAGUUGUGUUUUAUUAACAUCUACACCUAUACCACAACCAUAAACCCAACCUCACAGUAACCUGUUGUGUUUUAUUAACAUCUACACCUAUACCCCAACCUCACAGUAACAUCUACACCUACCCCAACCCUAAACUCAACCUAACAGUAACCAGUUGUGUUUUAUUAACAUCUACACCUAUACCACAACCCUAAACCCAACCUCACAGUAACAUCUACACCUACCCAACCCUAAACCCAACCUCACAGUAACCAGUUGUGUUUUAUUAACAUCUACACCUAUACCACUACCAUAAACCCAACCUCACAGUAACCUGUUGUGUUUUAUUAACAUCUACACCUAUACCCCAACCUCACAGUAACAUCUACACCUACCCAACCCUAAACCCAACCUCACAGUAACCAGUUGUGUUUUAUUAACAUCUACACCUAUACCACAACCAUAAACCCAACCUCACAGUAACCUGUUGUGUUUUAUUAACAUCUACACCUAUACCCCAACCUCACAGUAACAUCUACACCUACCCCAACCCUAAACUCAA